GCGCCAAGAACGAGUGGCAGCAUGAACAUCUUCCGCAUCUCGGCAGACCUGCUGCACCUUGCCAGCUUCUUUAUCCUCAUUUUCAAGAUGAAGGCUACCAAGUCGUGCAAGGGCAUCUCGUUCAAGACACAGCUGAUGUACACGCUCGUGUUCACUUGCCGGUAUCUGGAUCUGUUCCACGUGCUGGGCAUGAUGAUCACGUUCAACUUUGCACACAUCACAGGGCUCACGCUGUACAACACGUUUAUGAAGAUCCUGUUCCUUGCCGCCAGCUACUACAUCGUGUACCUGAUGCGGACCGAGCUCAAGUCGACGUCGGACGAUGCGCGCGACACCUUUGUGCUGUGGCACAUUCUUGCGCCGUGCGCCGUCCUUGCCCUCAUCUUUAAUGCACAGUUUACCAUUCUGGAGAUCCUGUGGACCUUCUCCAUCUACCUCGAGGCCGUGGCGGUCAUGCCGCAGCUUAUGCUGCUCAUCGAGACCGGCGAGGCCGACUCGCUCUCGUCGCACUACAUGUUUGCUGUCGGCGGCUACCGUGCCCUGUACCUUGUCAACUGGGUCUACCGCUACGCCACAGAGCCGUACUACUCCAACUGGAUUGCCUGGAUCGCUGGCUUUGUGCAGACCGCGCUCUUUGGCGACUUCUUCUACUACUACUUUGUCAAGAUCAUGUCGGGCGACGCCGCCCUCAAGCUGCCCACCACUGCAGGCGAGGUGUAAAGAGCAAGCAAGAGCAA